AUGGCGUCGCUUUUCAGUUGGAGAACCCUGGCGUUCGUAUUUAUGUUGACAAAUCUCAAAGCUUUACAUUUUAUGUGGUUUGCUCGGUUCCUUCGCGCUUUCGUCCGCCGACUUACCGACUCUGCCCCUGAAAAACUUCUCUCUCCUCGAUGCAUUUUUCUCCCUGCAAUCAGCGCUACGCGAUCCCCAGCAUUGGAAUGCGAUUAUAAUCUCCACAAGUCAAACUCGACAUAUUUCACAGAUAUGGACAUGUCUCGUGGCAACUUUAGCCUUGUUCUUUUUGGCAAGGCUUUCAAUCCACUUCCGGGGCCAACUCACUUUACUAUGAUUUUGGGCGGGACGACGUGUACGUGGCGCAAGGAGAUUAAACCAUAUGCCCGAUACGAGCUGUGGACGCGGGUUCUGUCGUGGGAUGAGAAAUGGUUAUAUGUGGUGACUCAUUUCGUUAAACCUGGUGUUUUUCAGCCGACUGAGUUUGUGUUGCAACCUUAUAAGAAGCCGAAGGCAGCGAAGGGACAGGAGAAAGAUGUUGAUACGCUUAAAUCAGUUUAUGCGUCUUCCGUGGCUCGCUACGUCUUCAAGAACAACAGACGUACUAUACCACCAGUGGAAGCGCUCCAAAAAAGCAACCUGCUACCUAACGAUGAGGUCAGCUUGGCAGAUAUUGAGAAGGAAAGGGCGAGUAGUCUUGCGGUUGGAAGGCUCGAGGCAGGCUGGGACGCAGUUCAUAAUUGCUUUCAACCCACAAGACCUGCUUUAGGAUGGUAUUAUAGCGCAUAUUAA